AUGAUUGACCAUGUCCUUGGUCGACCCUCCACACAGUUCAGAAAGAUACAAGUUCUGGCUGUAGUGUCGUUUUGGUCUUUAUAUUUGUUCAAAGGCAACAACAACGGACCCCCAGGUCUCCGCAACAUCUCUAUCCGCCUCCGCAACCGCCUCACACCAUGGCAAACCAUGGUCAUAACCCUCCUCUGGCUCUACGUUGCCCGCAACUUUUCCAAAAUCAUGGGCUUCGAAAGUCCCGAACCUUUGGCGAACCUCUACUCCCGCUCCUAUUUCCGUGCAACAUGGAUCACAACCGCACUAGAUGCCGGCUUCUGGACCGCAAUGAAAAUCCGGCCCAAAUGGUUAAAGGAUAUUGCCUCGAUGGUGUUUAGUGUGUACUAUCUCAUUGCCGCUGAGCAGGCCGACGAGAAAGUGCGUAGGGUACGCGCUACCUUGACCGUGGAGCAUUUACGUGUUUCGUUGAAUAAGGCGACGACGCCAUACCUGAACUUUUUCAAUGAGCUCCUGCGGCCUAGGUAUACGAAAUACGGGCCUAGGCAAAUCAGGAUUGCGAGACCGAGGGAGUCAUCGUAUCGAGAGCCCGUUAAUGCGUGGCUGUAUUUUGAUGGCACGCUGGCCGAGUUGCGUGAACAGACGCAGUUAGUUCUAGAUGUCCCUGGUGGUGGAUACGUGGCUAUGGGUCCCAGGGCUUCAGAUGACAAGCUUUUGGCUUGGGCUGGGAAGACUGGGGUUCCGAUUUUGAGCCUGGAUUAUAAGAAGGCGCCCGAGUUUCCUUAUCCUUAUGCAUUGAACGAAUGUUUUGAUGUUUAUCGGUCUAUAGUGGAGAGUAGAGGUCGUUGUGUCGGUCUUGGUGGACAUAGUCGUCCCCAUAUCAUCAUCUCAGGGGACAGUGCGGGAGGGAAUCUGGCGGCGGGUAUGACGAUUAUGAUUUUGCAGUCUGGUAGGACUGAGACUCGAAAAUGGAUGGGAGAAGUCCCGCUACCUCCGCCAGAUGGAUUGGUAUUGAUUUACCCUGCGCUGGAUAUGAACAUCGGUAGUUGGAUGACGGAAGAGCAGAUGUCUCUGAUACAGGACAGGGGUAUGCGCAAGACAAAUGAAAGAGUACUACGACGGAAGAGUGAAGAUUACAAUCGACUAACACCUAAAUCUUCAUUUUCGCGUUCGGCUGAUCAUACCAAUCAAGAAUCGUCCCCUGUGAAGGACUACUUCAGCAGCCGUCCUCAACCCCAAGCCAACGGCUCAGAAAACGCCGUAUCCAAGCCCGACUCAACUGCCCAGAAUAAACCCAACCAAAUAAAAACACGAACUGCAGUGUCUUCCAUGCUCUCCUACUUUGGUGACCGCAUUCUCACCCCCGAAAUGAUGCGCGCAAUGAUCAUCCUCUACAUCGGCCCUCAUAAUCGCCCAGACUUCAAAACCGACUUUUUGCUAUCACCCGUCCUAGCCCCCGACGCAAUUCUGGCCGCUUUCCCAAAGACAUAUUUCAUCACUGGAGAACGAGACCCGCUCGUCGAUGAUACCGUUAUCUUUGCCGGACGUAUACGACAAGCAAAAUUACAUCGAUUCCGUGAACGGCAGGAGCUAGCAUUAGAAAACUCUCGCGUUGAGUUCAACGAAAAAGAUCACGUUGAGGUUACUCUGAUACCUGGCAUAUCUCAUGGAUUCGUCAAUUUUCCGGGAAUCUUUCCGGAUGGAAGGAAACAUAUCAAUAAAUGUGCGAAGUGGAUUACAGAGUUGUUGGUGUUGGCUGCUGAGAGGGAUCUUAGAGAUUCUUCUAGUAGCAUUGUUUCUGCUGUUGAAAAGAGCUUUGAAAAUUCCGAAUCAAAGGAUUUUAAGCUGCAGGAAAACCAGCAAGAUAACAAACGUGACUCGUUCGCCGCAGAGUCAUCGGCGGACGAAGAUCAUCCCUUGGAAAUGAGCGUUGCGAGGUUCACGCCUAUCAAACAAUCUGAUGUCGCCGGCCAGAAGUCGAAUAGCAAAGCCUCCCCAUCCAACCCAGGAAACAAAUUCACAACCCAGAAAUCAGAGCGCAAGGAUAGCAUGCCAUCAACAAAACUACCCCGUCCCCAUCGAUCUUCCCUAGGUGCAUCAAACAACAAACCUCUCCCAUUCCCUCUGCGUCUCCCAUUGCUCAAAAUAGUCAAGGACUCAACCGACAGUACAGGUAUAAAUGACUAUCAGGUCGACCAUGAGGAAGAUGAGGGUGAUGAUGAUGAUGGAACAAAGAGUAUUGUAUCCGAGAAUGAAAUGACGUUUACUCGGUUGCCUAGUGAGGAGGACCUUAUAGGGAGACGAAUGGAUGGAUUGGCGGGUGGGUUGAUGGGGUUGGGAGAGGGUGUUAGAACGCCUUGA